AUGGCUAAUGGAACUGAUAACUAUUUGAUACUUGAAUUGAAGUCAGGAUACUUGAGAUUGAGAAUUCAAUUUAGGCAUAUGACGACAUCAGAAUACGUUAUCAACAAUGGAGUGAAAAUUUCGGAUAACGUAUGGCAUCAGGUAAGUUUUUCACGGAAUAAACACUUUGGAAUCUUAACUGUUGACAAUGUCAAUUCAGCUCAUGAUAGAAGAUCUGGUCUAAGUGGUGUAGAUGAAAUUACAAUCGAUGAUAUGAUUUAUGUUGGUGGUUUUCCAAGAACGAACGAUACCGUUGACACCAUCUCGAGCUCUCGCAACUUUAGCGGUUGUUUACGUGAUUUGGUGUUUAACGGAAUUACUGUCUUGCAAAAUUUAUUUGGACAGUUUCCUUAUGGUGUAUCUGCAGGUGUCAAUCAAGGAUGUGUCACAACUGCGCCUUAUAUUGCAUCCCAUCUGCAAUCGCAAUCUUCAAGACUUAUCAUUAAUAUAUCACCAAGCGGCUUGUUCGAUUACUUGUUUGAUUUUUGGUUUCGUACAACAGACAGUGGCCGUAGCCGCGAGUUAGUCUACAUUCAGGCAACUUACAGUGCUGUGAUUAGUCUGACAUCUGGAAUUGCAACAAUGUUGCAAGUGGGUACAACGGAUACACAUGUCUUUCAGCCAAGACUUAAUGAUGGGUCAUGGCAUCAAUUUCGAAUGAUAAGCUCAUCGACAAGCUUUCGUGUAUACAUUGAUAACGAUUUUGGCUCCGUUGCCUUUGAGCGAACUUUAACAACCCAACAGUCUCCUCAGAUUACAAUUGGAUCGCAAAACGCUCAAGGCUUUAUUGGAUGUAUACGAGAUCUAAAGGUUAAUGGAAUCUCAAGAAGUGUAUUGGAUACUAGCUUUGCUCGUAACAAUAUAAUUUAUAACAGUUGCUCCAUUCAAAACUUUUGUCAACCAUUUUUCCCAUGCUACAACAACGCUACUUGUGUUAGCAAUCCUGGCUCAUUCGCUUGUAUUUGUGGCUCAAACAGUAAUUAUGAAGGAACCUAUUGUCAGUUGUAUAAAUAUCGCAGAAAUUGUCAAGAAAUAUUCACGUUCAAUCCCUCUGCUACAACUGGAGUUUAUACUAUCGAUCCUGAUGGUCCGUUAGGCUCUAUAGCACCAUUUCGAACUCGAUGUUCUGACACACAACAGACUGUCACUGAAAUAGCUCAUGAUCGAGAAACUCUGACAGUGUUACCUUCCUCACGUCAGAGCGUUGGUCCUGGAAGAUACUCUUAUAAUUUAAUAUAUAAGGAAGGAACAGGCCAGCAAUUUGGAAAUGUUUCCAUCAAACAAGCAGCAGCGCUAGCUGAUAUUUCUGAAAGCUGUUCCCAAAAUAUCGUGUAUCGUUGUCAAAAGUCUGUUCUUCUAAACACCCCGAAUACGCCAUAUGGAUGGUGGGUAUCAAGAAAUAACAUGAAAAUGGUUAGCUGGGGUGGAGCACCCGCUGAUUCACGUAAAUGUGCUUGUGGUGUUACCGGAAGUUGUGCUAAUAGAACCAAAAUGUGUAACUGUGAUGGUAAUUUUGGUAAUACCGUGCUGACAGACAGUGGUUCUUUAAACGAUAAGAGAUACCUUCCAGUUAAACAAGUGAGAUUUGGCUUCGAAUCGCUGAACAGUAGCAGGAUUGGUAUAUAUAGUGUUGGUAAACUGAUUUGCAGAGGAAACGCUGCUCCUAACCAUAUCAUCACGUUUACAACAAGAGCAUCAAGGAUAGAGUUACCAGACUGGCAGAAUUCGUUUAAAGGCGUAAUAGACAUAGCCUUUAAAUCAACUGUGGCUAAUGGUACAUUGUUAAAAAAUGUCGGUAGAACUGGAGAUUUCUUCGAAUUGUCCGUACAGUCGUCUGCUGUACAGAUGCAGUAUAAUUUAGGACAAGGUAUCGAUAAUGCUACCUUAACUGUCAAUAGUGCCGCUAAUACUCGCUACAACGAUGAUCAAUGGCAUAGGGUUCGGCUAUUUUUUUCUCCGAGUCGAGUCAGUUUAAGAGUAGAUAGCCUGCCAGAAGUAUUUCGUACUUUUCAACAAUCACAUCAGGUAGCAAGACUUGAUAUUGAUGGUCCAUUGUUCGUUGGUUAUAACCCACAGAGGCCGUCGAAUGGCUUUAUUGGAUGUAUCGGUAGUUUGUAUAUUAGCGAAAGCUUGCAACAUCUUGAUUCAUUUGCUGCUGCUUUCCAAGGGGUAAAGAAUGGAUGUGGAAAGGCCUGCUUCUUUCUACCUUGUCAGCACAAUACACCAUGUACUGGAAACUACAGUAGCUUCCGAUGUGAUUGCACUAAUACUGAUUGGACUGGAGAAAGAUGUGAAGCACCAAAGGGAGCUCAUUUCUCUGGUAACAAUGUAAUUGAAUACAAAGCUUCGAACAUUUUGCCGCGUCUCCCAAAUGGACGUGAGGAUAUCAGUUUUACUUUUGUUACUAAUUCAUCGAACUGUAGAAUAUUUCAUGUUCAAACAAGAAGUGGACAACAGAUGGAAUUUGGACUAGUGAAUGGUGAAGGAUACGUAUCCGUUGGUAAUAUGCGUGUUACGCUACGAGGCAUUCUAAGUGAUACCAAAUUGCAUAAAGUAAUAAUCAGCCCAACUGAUGAUACUAUCAGCAUCGAUGGAGUUACCAGCCUUGUGCGCAGCAAUGUUGGUUUAUCAGUUCUCAAUUUGCCCAUCGUCGUAUUAGGAAGCUCUAAUAACGAUAAUUCAGUAUCGAUGUGUAUUAAUGAUAUUUCUUUCGUUGGAAUCCGAAUUAUGAAUUUGGCCUUCAGUAUACCCAGAAACAAUUCAGUGACAUUUAUUCGCAACUCGCAAGGUCGUGAUCCAAUUUCAGGAGUUUGUACUAGUAGUAUUAGUUAUUGGACUGGUACUCCUACACCCAGUAUUCGUAGUCUCUCACCAACUAGAAUCCUAGCUACGUUACCAUCUGUCGGAGCUCAAGCUAACGUUACGCCAGGAGGUAUUGUUGGAAUUAUAAUUUUCUUACUUAUUGUUCUUGGAAUCAUCAUUGCCUUAUACGUACGUAAAUCAAAGCAAGAUGCUGGUAAAUACACUACUGAAGAAGCUAAAGCAGCUGAACAUCAAGCUACUGUCGAAUUCAAAGCAAUUGGCCCUGAAGUAGAUACGAUUAAUGGGAAAAAGGAAUUGUACGUGUGA